UGGUGCUUUUCGGCGAGCUCCAGACGCUGCCCGGCUCACCUGCCCUGACCGCCACCACCGCGGCCACCACGACCUGGUUGAUAAAUCGUCAGCACCCCAGGUCCAGCGGCCAUCCAGAUCACAAUAUGAGCUCCACAGAUGAUGAGGUGUCUGUUUCGGGAGCGGGUUUCGGCUCAGAGUGCAGAGAGCACAUAAGGGGCCUUGAGGCCGGCUCCACAGCCCCUCGGGGACCCGGCCCCAGCCCCGAGCCAGGGACACUGGGAAGCGGUGAGGGUGAGGGCGGGAAUGGCUUCCCAGACCCUGAGGGCUUCGAGUCAGAGCGGGAGCUGCUGGAAGCGAGAGGGCUGGUGCUUUGGGGCCGUGAAGGCUGGCCUGGCUCUCCUGCCGACGACCAGGGGGAUGCCCUGCAGCUGGCUGAUGAGUCAGUGGCAGCCAUCCUGCAACAGCUGGCCGACCUAAGCAUGCUGGGCACCCGCAGAUGCCUGUUCCAGGAGAGCUACCCGGUCAGUGAAGUGUCUGGCUUGUGGGACCUGGAGGCGAAUCCCACCAGUCAAGACGGUGCCACCCAGAGGUGUGGGGAAACUGCACAGGCUGAGGCCGUCCCUCUCCGGGUCGGCGGGCUCAAGGCGGGCCGGGCCUGGGGGAACCCUAUGAGAGACACUAAGAGUAGGUUGAACGUGGCUGUGGAUCACCAGUGGCCUCCCUUAGAAAGCACAGCCGGGCUGCUGUCCGACCCCGAGUCCUCUGAUGAGUUCAGUGAGAUAGAACUAAGGAGAGUGAGCAUUUAUCCCAAAGAUGGAGGCCAGGCCAAGCUCAACAGCCCUGAGGAUCCUGGGAACACACCCAGACGCUCGAAUGUCCAAGGCAGGGAGAAUCUCCUUAAUGUGCCAGGCACUUGCCUGUCCUUGGCUCCGUGGGGAUUAAUUUCGGUUGUGGAAAGGGAGGGCAGGCAGGGUGAUGCAGAGCAGGAGGACAUCUCUCCCCCUAAGAAAAUGCAGAGCGUGCUCUGGGGGAAGGGGGGCAGCCUGCCCAGCUACCUAGGAGUGGCAGUAGUAUCAGCUCCUGCAGCUGCGUCUACAGGCAGCAGGCGGCGGCCCACUCCUAGGAGGAAGGGGGUCCAGGAGAAGAAAUCCCUUGGGGGCAUCUCCAAUCCUGCCGUGGAGAGAACCUUCCCUUCCUGGGGGCAGGGAAUCUCGGCCACUCCCCUGGAACCGGCCACCUUUCCUCCAAUCUCCGGCAUCCAGCUCCUCGGGAGGUCCAAGAAGUAUGCCUUGGUCCCUUGGGUAGCCCAAGAGUCCAAGCACACCGUCACUGGGAAGAAAUCCGUGGCUAGGCAGGCCUGGGAGUCGGUGGCAGCAAUGGCGAAGAAAUCCAUGCCUAGGCGGGCCCGGGAAUCGGUGGCAGCAAUGGCGGUGUCUGGAGAAGGCAACAACCCAAAUAGAGAUCCAUUCCCAAAGGGCCAACUGACCACUGACAGGCCGGGGCCAUCUUGUCCAUGGGUGCAUCAUGGAGAACCCAGCGGCGCCAACGUCAACUUCAGAGGUGCACAGGAUGCAGGAAACUCAGAGCCCGUGGCCAUGAACAAGGGAGAAGUCAGGCCGAGAGGGCCUGGCCCCUCAGGUGACCGGGAACCAACUGACCAUCCCCCAAGGCCAAAAAGGCAGCAGCAGCCACCCGGAAGGCAGGGAUGUCCUCGGUGUCUGGUGCUACAGAGAGAAAUAGAUGACCUUAAGGAGCAACUUGCCUCCAUGCGGUACCUGUCUGACAAGUUCCAGAUCCUUUGAAGUUGAGCCCAGUAUCUUUCUGGAAGAUGAGCAGCUGUUACCUCCAGGGCUGGCGAGCUCUGGCCAAGCUUGUUGCCUCUCAUUCUGCCUCCACCAGAACAUCCUCUGCCCCUUGUUUUGCCCCCUCUCUGCUCCAGUCUCACAGCAGUUUUUGAU